GUCUCUCUCACACACUCUUUCCGCUCUGCAACAAACUCUGGAUUUUAUUCAAACCCGAAAAACCAAAAAAGAUAUUAUAUCCCAAUUGUUCAAAUAAAUACCCUCAGCGCUACAAGUAUAAAAGCUUCAAUCAUUCAUCAUCCGCUCACGUUUUACACCAUUCAGCAGCGCACGAUAAACAUCACGCUCUGCAACCAUAUAUAGCAGGAAAAAAGAAAAAAAAAGGCUCAUAAAACUUGAGGUUUUAUUAGGGAGGGGCCAUUGAGGAUUUGCUUUAUUGGUAAAGCAAUUCCCACAAUUCACGUGCCCCAUCCCAACGGAAAUUCAUUAUUUAUAAGCUCUUCCAGGGAUCCUUUUCUCUUUUAAAUUCCGCACGCCAGGGCUUAGCUUUUUUUUUUCUUUAUUUUUUUCUAUAAGUGCGUGUGACCACGCGGUCCAGCACUCGCAUUCGUCGGAGUUUUUGGAGAUGGGAUCGAUGUGGGCUUUGACGGCCGCUGUGGUGGUGGUGGUCGGGUUAGCGUUAGGCAGUGGCUAUGGCUUCCCGGAGGAGGAUUUGGUGGAUAGAUUGCCGGGUCAGCCGCCGGUGAAUUUCAGGCAGUUUGCUGGGUAUGUCGAUGUGGAUGUGAAGAGAGGGAGGAGCUUGUUUUACUACUUUGUGGAGGCUGCUGAGGAGCCCCAUCUCAAGCCCCUCACUUUAUGGCUCAAUGGAGGGCCCGGUUGUUCAUCUAUUGGGGGAGGUGCCUUCACUGAGUUAGGUCCCUUCUUUCCUAAAGGUGAUGGAAGAGGUCUCCGAGUGAAUUCGAAAUCAUGGAACAAAGCGUCGAAUCUUCUCUUUGUGGAGUCGCCAGCAGGGGUAGGAUGGUCGUAUUCAAAUACGAGCUCAGACUACACUUGUGGCGAUGCAUCCACAGCAAGCGAUAUGUACAAGUUCAUGUUGGGGUGGUACAAGAAGUUUCCUUUAUUCAGGGCCAGAGAUUUGUUUUUGACAGGAGAAAGUUAUGCAGGACACUACAUCCCGCAGCUAGCUGUUGCACUUCUGGAUCACAAUGAAAACUCCAAAGAUUUCAAGUUCAACAUUAAGGGGGUCGCUAUUGGAAAUCCACUUCUGAAGCUAGACCGUGAUGUACCAGCAACUUACGAGUAUUUCUGGUCACAUGGAAUGAUUUCCGAUGAAAUUGGACUUACAAUCAUGAAUGACUGUGAUUUCGAAGACUACACGUUUGACGAUCCACAUAACGUGUCAAAAUCGUGCAACAGCGCCAUUUCGAAGGCAAAUGACAUUGUUGGUGAAUAUAUAAACAAUUACGAUGUGAUUCUUGAUGUGUGCUAUCCAUCAAUAGUGGAGCAGGAGCUUCGUCUCAAAAAGAUGGCUACAAAGAUGAGUUAUGGUGUGGAUGUUUGUAUGAGCUAUGAAAGGCGUUUCUACUUUAACCUUCCUGAGGUUCAGAAUGCUUUACAUGCAAAUCAAACAAAUUUACCUUACAGUUGGUCCAUGUGCAGUGGUGUUUUGAAUUAUACUGAGACAGAUGGAAAUAUUGAUAUUCUUCCAUUGCUCAAGAGGAUCAUUCAGAAUCGCAUUCGAGUUUUGAUCUUCAGUGGCGAUCAAGAUUCUGUCGUACCAUUACUCGGUUCACGAACACUCGUACGCGAGCUCGCUCAUGAUCUUCAGUUCGAAAUCACAUUACCAUAUGGAGCUUGGUUCCAUAAAACACAGGUGGGAGGUUGGACAACCGAAUAUGGGAAGCUGUUGACAUUUACGACAGUUAGAGGUGCAGCUCAUAUGGUACCUUAUGCACAGCCUUCAAGGGCUUUGCACCUGUUUAGCUCGUUUGUCCGUGGCAAAAGGUUGCCGAACAAUACUCGUCUCUCCAUUGACGAUUGAUUGACGAGCCAUGCUUUUUUAAGUACUUGUUUUUUGAAUUGAUACUUUUUACAGUUUAUCGAAUUUUUCAUUUGGCCGAAGGCGAAUAGUCGAUUUGUUGGCUUUUAAUUAACAGUGGGAUUCAAAAUUGUCAAAGGAAAACUAUGUUGAAGUUGUUUUGUUUUGGUGGUCCUAAAAAAGGUUGCUCAUUUGUUCACAAUCUUUAGAGUAGUUUUUUC